AUGACAGCGACUCCGGAUCUCGACGUCCGCAACACCGAGGACAUCCUUGUACUCGCAAAAUUGAUUGCGAGCGAGACGGAGAAAGUUGCCGCAUAUCUCGCACACAACCAUCUCGCAUUCCCAUCAUUCGAUCUCGAUGGGCCGCCAGCCUCGCUCAUAUCGACUGAAGCGGUUGACAUCGAGGCGGCGCGACUCGCCGUCAUAGUUGCAACGCAACGCUUACGAAAUCUGAUCCUGGGACCGAAGGAUUAUCUGCUGAGCUUCUUGUCCAAUGACCUCCUCGGCCUCCACUUCGUCGCACGGUACAACCUCGCCGCUCGAGUGCCCAUCCACGGCAGCGCGACGUACGAAGACCUCGCACAAGCCACAACCACCGGCAAAGCAGACAAGCCCGCGGUGCCGGUAUCCGUCGCUCGCCGUCUCCUCCGCCAGGCCAUGAUGAAAAACGUCUUCCGCGAAACACCUGAUGGGACCGGCGUCGUGCAUACCGCGGUUUCUCGGCGGCUGGUCGAGGAGCCGAUGCUGAGUCACUGGAUGCGGUUCAAUCUGGACGAGAAUUGGAAGGCGGCGGCGAAUGAGCUCGAUGCGUUGGAAAGAUGGCCGCAUAGCGAUGAGCCGAAACGCGGCCAGCGCUUCGCACAUGCCAUGUCGCUCCAUGCUCGGAGCCCUCUCUUCGCUGUCGAUCAUUUAUCUUCGAGCUAUGAUUGGGCGGCAUUAGGAUCGAGCACCGUCGUUGAUUUCCCACAAUUAAAAAUAAUUGUCCAAGAUCUCGAGCCGGUCAUCCAGCAGGCAACGUCAGGCGGCAUUAACAGCUCUCAGUUGAGUGAUCGCGUCACAUUCAUGGCUCACGAUUUCUUCGAACCGCAGACCGUGGUUGCGGACAUCUAUCUUCUGCGGUGGAUUCUGCAUAAUUGGUCGGACAAGCAUUGCGUGCGCAUCCUGCGCGCAUUGACCCCAGCGCUGAAGCCAGGUGCGCGUAUCGUGAUCAAUGAGGAUGUUCGAUCAUCAUUUGGUAGUGCCGUUCCAUCGAGGUGGCGAGAGGAGAAAAUGCGCUCGGCGGACUUGACUAUGCUCCAAUUGUUCAAUGGCAAGGAACGUGACUUGCAGGAGUGGCAAGAUUUGUUAGAGAUGGCGGAUCCGCGCUUUCACUUUAGAAAUGUGAGCAAACCAGCGGGAAGCGCCUUGUCCGUAAUGGAAGCUGUGUGGACUGGAUGA